AUUAACGCUAUUAUUUUAAAACCCUACAACUUUUUUUUCCCCAUUUUUGGGGAUAUUUUUGAUCCAUAAACCAAAAUACAACUCGGUUUCAACCCUAAACCAAGUAUAACCCAAUUUUGGUGUACGCUAAUUACGGUGUUCCGCGCAACACCAUGUCUACAUCUAUCGGAGAUAGAACAAACAAAAUAAAACGACCGACCGGCAGUCGUUUUGGGCUCACAAGAAAGCCCUAAGAAGAGGAAGAAGACGAAGACUCAGAGUUCACAUCUGCUCGCGCUCACAGCUCAGGCUCACCGCGUGGCUCAACUUCGUCUCCCUGCUCUCUUCGAAUAUCGAAAUCGGUGUGGAGAUGCUCCUGGAUGCAAUAUAUUUUCCGUAGCAGCAGGGUUGCAGCAUUGAUGAACUCUUAUCAUUGAGGGAGCUUUAUUUUAUUGAAGUGAUGUGGACCAAUGUUUUCAAAAUUGGAGGUCUUCAUCACAUAUCAUGGUUUCAAUUUCUCCCUCAUGAAUCUGAUCUAAAUCCUCCAAAUGAUAAAAGUGUGAAAGUAGAGCAGAAAGAUCCUGCGACGCUAGUGGUGCUUUCUACACAUUUGCAGUUACAAAGGGAAGGAUUUCUCAGCACAUGGACCAAUUCCUUUGUUGGACCCUGGGAUCCAUCUCAAGGUCUGCAUAACCCUGAUGAGAAAAUUAAGCUCUGGCUUUUUCUUCCUGGGCGUCAUUCAUCUGUUGCUGAGGCUGCACAAGUUGCAGUAUCUAGAUUAAGAGUUGUUGCAUCUGGAUUCUGGUUGGCUCCUGGGGACUCAGAAGAGGUUGCAGCUGCAUUAUCUCAGGCUUUAAGAAAUUGUAUAGAGAGAGCACUCAUAGGACUUAACUACAUGAGAUUUGGAGAUGUAUUUUCAAAAUACCAUCCAUUUUCACAAAGUGAAGAACUUUUCAGGAGAGGGCAGCCUACGAUUGAGUUCAUCUUUGCAGCUACAGAAGAGGCAAUUUUUGUACAUGUUAUAAUAUCUGCAAAGCAUGUUCGAGCACUUGCAAGUGGUGAUAUGGAAAUGGUAUUAAAGCAUUCUUCCAACAAGUACAGCGAGAGUCUUCCAGUUAUUGUUUCUCCUCAUGGAAUGCUUGGUAGGUUUACUGGAUGUUGUCCGAGUGAUCUUGUGAAACAAGUGUAUUUCAGCAAGUUUAAGACAUCAAAUGGAUUCAUAGGUCUGCCUUAUCACCUUUCUCAAGGUUCUGGCUGCCAACUGAGGGGGCAAAAUUGUUAUGUUGAAGUAACCCUUGGUUGCCCUAGUGCUGGAACUGACAAGAUGUUGCAAUCAAACUCAAAUUCCAUUAGGAAUUUCCCCAAAUAUCAUGUUGCUGAUCCUCAUGCAAUGGGAAAAGGUGCUCAGAAGGGAUUGCCAGAUCAUGUUUCAGAAAGAACAUUUAUUUAUCCAGCUGAGGCAGUGCUUGUCCCAGUCUUGCAAACAUCAUUUUCUAGAUCUUCUUUAAAAAGAUUCUGGCUACAAAAUUGGAUAGGACCAUCAUUGUCUGGUUCAUCUUUCUUUACCCAUUGGGCUGGCAAGACAGAUUCUUUGGAUGAAUCAUGGAUUGAUUCGAAUGGGACACGCACACAGCACAGCUAUAAUAGUAGUAGCAACAGUAAUGAUAGCAGCAUCAGCAGCAUAACUAGCAGCUCCAGUGAUAGUGAUGUCAAGAUGACCACUGGAGCUGGAGACCCGGAGGCAGAUGCUGAUUCGUUGACAUGUAGACAGUCUGGUCUAUCUUCUAAUGAUCAGUUGGAAAAUGACUGCCACAAAUUGGGAUCUAAGAGACCUCGAACAGGGAUAUCAGAAUCAUUUGGCCAAGUGGGCACAGUAAAUAAUGCGCCUAUGCAAGAUGCAUACAGGUCUGGUUAUGGAUCUGUUGAAGUCAACAAUUCAGCCAUUACAGGAGUUGCAAGUGAGCAGAUAUCUCAUUGGGAUUGGGACGAUGAUGAUAGAGGUGCAGUUAUGGAUAUCCAAGCUCUUCUUUCCGAGUUUGGUGAUUUUGGUGACUUCUUCGAAAAUGAUGCUUUGCCUUUUGGGGAGCCCCCAGGAACUGCAGAGUCGCAUGCUCUUAUCUUUCCUGCACCAGAUUGUGAAGGUAGCAGUCCUUGUACUGGAAUGAUGGAUGUUUCAGAUCAGAUGCUGUUGUCUGUAGGGUUUCAAUCCUUUGACAACUUUAAUCCUUCUCCUCCAGUUGCCAUGGAGGAGUGUCUUACCAAAAAUCAAGAAGUCACAAACAACACUCUAUCCUCUGGUCCCUUGAACUAUACUCCUGCCUCUUCUAUAGGUGAGUUUGACCAUUUAAUUAAAGCUGAAGCCCUAUUGACAUUUGCUCCAGAAUAUGGAGCAGUUGAAACUCCAACAAGCGAGUCAUCAUCAUCAAUUUUCAGAAGCCCAUACUUACCAAAAUCUAGAAAAGUGGAGAGUUCAAAUUCAAGUGCAAAAGAUUAUGUAUAUGGUGCAACACCACCCUCUUCUCCUUGCUUUGAUGGAUCAGAUGAGAAGCCUGGCAUGCCUGUAAAUUCAAAAACAUGUCCUGUCAGGCAUGAGGCAAGUUCUAUUCUCCACUCAAAAAAGUAUUAUACUCAUGUUGAAGGUGGAAAAGAGCAACAUGAGAAAAGAUCAUUUACAUGUGACAAUAGCAUUGCUUCAGGUGAGGGGUUGACACCAUCUUCAUUCUCUGGAUUCAAUUCCACAAAUGCCACCAAACCUGUCCAGAGGAAAACUACUGAAGGCACAAUUGGAAUGGAGCAUUUGGUUUUACCUAUGAAAACUGUCCUUGCAACUGAAGUUGAAUGCAUUAUGUUCCAAGCUUCUAUGUGCAAGAUACGUCAUACACUGUUAUCUUCCAGUUCUCCUCCAUCUAUUGGCCUUAGUAGGUUAACUGGAAGCACUGUUUUGAAUUCUCUUCCUGGUGAACCAAGUACCAUGACGGAAAAUAUAUCUGGUAAGUAUGAGGUAAAGAAGAAAGAAUCAAUUCCGGUGAGGAUAGCUGGUGAUUUUGAUGGAGGAAUGCUAGAUGGACCCCUUAAUGCCACUGUUGGUGUUUGGCGCACGGUUGGAGUUGCUAAAGGUGCAAAACCUACUAAUUCACCUGGUGUUGAGGUUAGCUCUUCCUUGCCGCAUAAUUCAUUUAAUGAGGAAGGUAUGCUUUCAUAUGGACAAAGGCAACCACUUCAGGAGCUUCUUGAUGGCAUGGCAAUAAUCGUCCAGCAAGCUACUUCCUUUGUUGAUGAGGCACUAGAUGCUGAUUGUGGAGAUGGUCCUUAUGGCUGGCUUGCAUUACAAGAGCAGUGGAGGCGUGGAUUUUCUUGUGGCCCUUCCAUGGUCCAUGCAGGAUGUGGGGGGAUAUUAGCUUCUUGUCAUUCACUGGACAUUGCUGGCAUGGAGUUAGUAGAUCCACUUUCUGCUGAUGUAAAUGCAUCAUCUGUGUUCACCUUGAUACAGUCUGAUAUAAAAAAUGCCUUAAAAUCUGCUUUUGGCAUCUUAGAUGGCCCAUUGUCCGCUACUGACUGGUGCAAAGGUCGUAGUCAAUCAGGUGAUGUGGGGACCACAGGUGAUGGAUUUUCUGCUGAACAUGGUGUAAAUGAAGGUAGAGAUUCUUCAAGCACUGUAACUAUUGGAGAACCAAUAAGCCCAUCCCAGUCAUCUGCUGGUGGAUCAUCUUGCAUCAAAGUUUCUAGCGUCACCGAUGGAGCUAGAGUGGAUGACACAUGCCGGAGGAGACCAAACCAGGAAUUCUCUAGUUCUGAGUCAGAGCAGCAACUGGGCUCCCGACUAAGGCCAACUCUUUUUGUACUUCCAUUGCCUGCUAUACUUGUUGGGUACCAGGAUGAUUGGCUUAAGACGUCAGCAAACUCACUGCAACUCUGGGAAAAGGCUCCUCUUGAACCAUAUGCUCUACAAAAACCUAUGGCUUACUAUGUUAUAUGUCCAGACAUUGAUCCCCUUACCUCUGCUGCUGCUGAUUUUUUCCAACAACUAGGAACUGUGUAUGAGACAUGCAAGCUGGGAACUCAUACACCACAAAGUUUGGGAAAUCAAAUGGAGGUAGACUCUGGGAAAUUGUCAUCUUCGGGUUUUGUUCUACUCGAUUGCCCUCAAUCAAUGAAGAUAGAAAGCAGCAAUUCCUCUCUUCUGGGGUCCAUAAGUGACUUUUUUCUCUCUCUAUCCAAUGGUUGGGAUUUGACGGGCUUUCUUAAGUCUCUUUCGAAGGUUCUCAAGACUUUGAAACUUGGUUCAUGCUUGGCCACAAAUCCAAAAGAGGGAAUUAGUGGUCCUUGCACUGUAAUCUAUGUGGUAUGCCCCUUCCCUGAACCUAUUGCUCUUCUACGCACUGUAAUUGAAACUUCUGUUGCAGUUGGAUCGGUCAUUCUCUCAUCAGAUAAAGAGAGGAGAUCCAUAUUGCAGAGUCAGGUUGGGAAGGCAUUAAGCUGCCCAGCAGCUGUGGAUGAAGCAUCAAUGUCAAAUAUUCUUACACUUUCAGGGUUCAGCAUUCCUAAAUUGGUAAUACAGAUUGUGACAGUCGAUGCCAUAUUUAGGGUUACAAGCCCGGCCCUCAAUGAGCUUGCCAUUCUGAAGGAGACUGCUUUUACUGUUUACAACAAGGCUCGGCGAAUUUCACGGGGAUCCUCUAGUGAUAUCCAGUCAUCAUCUUUAUCUGGUAGAUCUCAUUCAGCAAUGAUGCAAAUGGCUUCUCCUACUUCCGGGAUGUGGAAGGAUUGUGUUGGUCCUCGAAUUACUGGACCUUCCCUUUCAAGAGAAGGUGAACUUGAUGCUGGCUUGAGGUCUGGAACCUGGGAUAAUUCUUGGCAAACAGCAAGAACUGGAGGAUUAAGCUGCGAUCCAAAUAGAAAUGGAGAUUUUCUUUUUCAGGAUGAAGUUCGUUAUAUGUUUGAACCACUUUUCAUUCUUGCAGAGCCUGGUUCUCUGGAGCACGGAGUCUCAGCUACAGCUUUUGGUAAUUUAGGAUCAGAAUCUUUAAAGACAUUGUCUGAUGAUGGUAGUGGAGGCUUUAUGCAGAGUGCAAGCUCAGCAGGAAGUAUAGAUACUGGACCAGGCUCUCAGCUUGAUGGAUCUGAGUCUGAUGGCUUUGGAUCUGGCCAUCAGAAGAAUCUUCCUAGUCUACAUUGUUGCUACGGAUGGACAGAGGAUUGGCGUUGGCUAGUUUGCAUCUGGACAGAUUCAAGAGGAGAAUUGCUGGACAGUCAUAUAUUUCCCUUCGGUGGAAUUAGUAGCAGGCAGGACACAAAGGGUCUGCAGUGCCUCUUUGUGCAAAUUCUACAGCAAGGUUCCCAGAUACUUCAGGCAUGCUCUUCUCCUGACACCGGUAUUGUGAAGCCCAGAGAUCUUGUGAUUACAAGAAUUGGAUCUUUCUAUGAGCUUGAAUGUCAAGAGUGGCAGAAAGCUAUUUAUUCAGUUGGAGGGUCUGAGGUGAGAAAAUGGCCCCUGCAAUUACGGCAAGCUGCACCUGAUGGAAUGUCUGGAAGCAGUAACGGAUCUUCCUUGCAGCAACAGGAGAUGAGUAUGAUUCAAGAGAGGAACCUACCAUCCUCGCCUAGUCCAUUGUACAGCCCUCACUCAAAAGCUUCUGGCUAUAUGAAAGGUGGUCUAGGACAACCUGCUGCUCGAAAACAGCUUAUGGGUGGAGGACAUUCAUUGGUUGACAGCUCCAGAGGUUUGCUUCAGUGGGUGCAGAGCAUAACUUUUGUUGCAGUUUCAAUUGACCAUUCCUUGAGUUUAGUUUUUCAAGCGGAUUCAUCAACUCCUGGAGCAACUCAAGGUGGUGGCACCAUGGGCCCGUCAGGCUAUCUAGAAGGGUUCACCCCCAUAAAAUCUCUUGGAUCAACAACGGCGUCCUACAUUCUAAUCCCAUCACCCAGCUUGCGCUUCCUUCCUCCGACACCCCUUCAGCUCCCCACAUGCCUCACAGCUGAAUCCCCGCCAUUGGCCCAUCUCCUACACAGCAAAGGCUCUGCAAUUCCCCUUUCCACAGGUUUUGUGAUUUCAAAAGCUGUGCCCGCCAUGAGGAAAGAGUUUAGAAGCAAUGCCAAGGAAGAAUGGCCUUCAGUUAUUUCAGUCUCUCUCAUCGACUAUUAUGGAGGUAAUAACAUCACUCAAGAUAAAGUUGUACGAGGCCUAACGAAGCAAGGAGGAAGGAGUAUAAGCUCGGAAGCUAGGGAUUUUGAAAUAGAGACCCAUUUGAUUCUUGAGACGGUUGCAGCAGAGCUUCAUGCUCUAUCAUGGAUGACUGUGAGCCCUGCAUACUUGGAGCGGCGAACGGCACUGCCUUUUCACUGUGACAUGGUUUUGAGACUAAGAAGGCUUCUUCAUUUUGCUGAUAAGGAGCUCUCUCGGACGCCCGAGAAAUCACAAGUGUAGAUUAACAUAAGUGGGGAGCAUAUCACUCUUGGGAAUUUCAGGAUGAACGCCAUCAUGCCCAAAGUGAGCUCUGAAUAGACUGGUUCUCAGCCUAUGUUCUUCUCUGUAAAAUUAAGUGUAACAUGUCACUCUUGUAAAUUGAAUUCUAGCUGGCUGAUUCCUGCAGUCUUUUCGGAUUUCCCAAGAUGAAAAUGAAGAGUCUGGGAAGGAAUAGUUAGGUCUAACAAAUGUAGUUAUAUAUGUGACUGCAGAUCUAGAAAUGUGGUAUACAAACAAUUGAGGACAGUUCACUUCCAGCCAUGGAGGUACGGGAGGCGUAAUAAAUUAUUGUGACCAAUUUUUCUUUGUCACUCAUUUUAUUCAUAAAUGGUAUCAUACAAUGCUCCCAUUGGGUACGUUGUCUUA